AGUGACUGAAAUUUGACAUUUUACAUCAAAAUAACGAACUGAUUUUGUUCAUCUUUCAUUUUACUCUUCUAGCAACGUUGAGAAUGAUUCCUGUUGAGUGCUGUAUAAGCCUGAACUGUGCACUUAAAGCUUGCUCUGGAUGUGUGAAUUAGUUGAGCAGCUGUGGGAUAUAAGAUACUGUAUUCCUCCCCAGUCAGCGCGCUCUUUGUUGUUUAGUAUGUGAAAUACAGACGUUAGCUGUGAGAAGAUCCAAGGCUGGCAGUAAAGCUAUUUCACAAACCAGAAGACACUGCAGUUUGGUAUAUCUCUGACCUUGAAGUGAAUAAAAUGGCAGCAAGAAUACUAUUGAGCUAUUGUCUGGACCCUACUCUACCAAAAUCUUCAACUGCUGGAUAUAGUGACUCUGCACAUCUGGAGAUGAGCUUUGAUAAUGGCAGCAAUUUUCGUAGCAAUGAUAGCAGUUGCCAUUUCAAUGAAGAAUUCAAAUUCAUCUUACUGCCAGUGUCCUAUGGAACGGUAUUUGUGGUUGGCCUUGUUCUCAAUGCUGGUGCACUGUGGAUCUUUAUAUGCAGGCUGAGACCAUGGAAUGCCACUACAACCUAUAUGUUUAACUUGGCCCUGUCAGACUUUCUAUAUGUGCUAUCUCUGCCACUCCUCACAUAUUACUACGCUAAUCGGAAUGAUUGGCCAUUUGGUGUGGCCCUAUGUAAGUUAACCCGCUUCCUUUUCUAUGCCAACCUUUACUCCAGCAUCCUUUUUCUUACCUGCAUCAGUGUGCACAGAUUCAUAGGCAUAUGUUACCCUUUCCAAUCUCUCAAGUGGAUUAAAGUGAAGCGGGCCUGGGUUGUGUGCCUGCUUGUCUGGGCAACCGUCGUCAUCUGCCUCAUUCCCAAUUUGCUUUUUGUCACAACAAGUAAACGGGCUGAUGACACACUCUGUCAUGACACAACUCGUAGGGAAGAUUUUCCUCAGUAUGUUUCAUACAGUUCUGCUACCAUGGUGAUUCUCUUUAUCAUACCAUUCUUCAUCAUUGUCAUCUGUUACAGUUUAAUGACCAAAGAAUUGGUCAAAGCCCCUGUAUCUAAAUUGAGUAGAACUUCAUACAAUGUUAGAAAGAAAUCCAUUAAAACGAUCAUCAUCGUUUUGUUUGUCUUUUCCUUGUGUUUUGUACCUUUCCAUAUCACAAGGACAAUGUACUACACCUUCAGGAUACUUGAUAAGAGCUGUUAUGCGCUUAACAUUGUGAACUUCACAUAUAAGAUCACAAGACCACUGGUCAGUAUCAACAGCUGCAUUGACCCUAUUUUGUACUACCUGGCCGGAGACAUGUAUCGAAAAAAGACCGUGCAUGUUGUGAUUAAAAGAAAAGGUUGUGUUCGCCGAACUGUAUCAAACAUGGAAGGCAAAAUGAAUGAAAAGUCAGUGAUUAACACUGGUACUGUCUAUUUCAUCACUCAGGAUCAGAGGUGAGGCUGAUGCAAUCAAGAAAGUCUCUUAACCUUUAGGUCAACAAUCAUCAGGAAGGCCCAAAAUGAUUGGUAACACACUAAAUAGAAGUUUCCUCACUGAUGCAGACCAAUGGGUCUGGGUAUCACCGACGUUCUGACUUAACCUGUUGUGGCCCAAGCCAAACGUUGCUUACUGCAGUGAUCAAAGACAAUCAUGUGAAGACAACAACUUGUUCAGCUGAGAAAAGCAAAUCAAUGUAAAUACAUCCCUAUUCAAGUGCCUACUACAGCACUUUUCAAACCCACGACUUCUUGAAGGACAAGACCAACAGAUGCAUAGGAACACCAUCCAUUGCAAAUUCCUCUCCAGGUCACGUAUCACCUUAAUUUGUAAAACUCUAUCACCAUUCCUUCACUGAGCCUGAGCCUGGAUUAUUAUCCUGAAACUUCCUAACAGCACCGAAGGUCUACCUACUCUAUAUGGAUCAUAGCAGUGUGGCUCAGCAUCACCAUUCUGAGAGGAAUUUCAUUGGACAACAAAAAUGCUGGCCUUGCCACUCACAUCCCAUCAAGGAAUAAUCUAAAAGAAAAAGAAAUUUCUUACACCUCUAAGUAGGUUUCUCAAUUGUUGUCAACACCAAAAUGAAUGACAUUUGGACAGGAUUAUAAUUUAUGGAAAACUGAACAAAAAAUAGAAUGCAGACUGUAUUUUCCAGUCAUUACAUCAUGUCAAAAUUUAACUUUUAUAGGGGAUAUUUUAUUUUAACACAUUUGGCAAUAGUUUCCAUUUUGGUUCAUUAACCUGACAUUGGGAUCAAAUGUAGGUCCUUACCAUCUGCCACGUUGAGAGUAGCAAUCCAAUAAGUCAGGGUUUCAGGACUGAACAGUUAUUAGCCGAAGGGUGUGUUUAUCAUCCAAUUGAAGAUGGUGGAUUGGUUAAAACUGAAGGAUCAACAGGUUACUUACAGGAAAGGACAGUUGAGGUCAUCUUAAUCUUUUGUGCCUUCUGUGCUUUGAAAGGCUUUGAAAUAAACAAUACUCACAUUUGUUGGGCUUGCUCCAGGGUACCCUGUGGCCACCGUGAUGGGCAGGUAGGUGGAUUGGGCUGGGGUACUCCAGAUGAUCCAGAAGCAUUACCCUCUCGCCUCCUCUUACCCCAUUUUGCUAUCAAGAAGUUCCUCCAGGUAUAUGCAAUGCUCUCCUAGUGAUCCUUUGGUCAAUGACAUUGUGAUAUUUUAACCUGUUCUGCACUCAAAAUGGCCUUCAGAAAAGAAAAUGUUUGAGUAGGAUGAUGCCAGUACACUGGCAAGCUGGUCAGUGGUGCAGAAUAAUGCACCCAUCUGC